AUGAGCGCCCGCGAGUUGCCUCGCCAGCCCGCGCCCCGCGCUCCCCGCUCGCCCCCGACGGCGCCCGGCAGCCCCUUGGCGCCUUGGUCUCGGAGCAGCAGCAGCAACAGCGCCCGGGACGCUCCCGCCAUGGCCGUCUACUGCAGCGAGGCUUUCAGCGUGUAUCCCCAAGCAGCAGCAGCCGCGGCGGCUGCGGGCACGUCGGGGCAGAGGCAGCCGGGCGCCGCGUACGCGCUGGGCGACUACGGGCCACCGCCGGGCUCGGGGGGCUACUUGUGGGGGGUGAGCGGAGGGGGCCCCUACGUGCCCAGCGGAGGGGGCGUCGGGGGUACCGCAGGAGGAGCAGCAGGAGGAGGAGGAGGUGGCGGCCCCGGGGGCUCGGGAGCCCCUUUCCUGCCCUACGGCUGCCCGCCCAGGGGCGUCGGGGCACCGGCUCUCUUGGGCUCGGCUGCGGGGCCGGCGGGCGGCUCCGGAGCGCCGUCGGAGCUGGGCUGGCUGAGCCUGGCCAGCCAGGAGGAGCUGCUGCGCCUGGUGCGCCCACCCUACUCGUACUCUGCGCUCAUCGCCAUGGCCAUCCAGAGCGCGCCCGAGCGCAAGCUGACGCUCAGCCACAUCUACCAGUACGUGGCCGAGAAUUUCCCCUUCUACAAGCGCAGCAAGGCCGGCUGGCAGAACUCCAUCCGACACAACCUCAGCCUCAACGACUGCUUCCGAAAGGUGCCCCGCGACGAGGACGACCCCGGUGGGUGCAUCGCCGCGCGUGGGGAUGGCGGGGAAGCGGGGGAAAGAGUGCCUCUGAGCAUGGGUGGAGAGGUCCACGAAGGCAGGUGUCCCCCGCCACUCCAGGCUAGCACAUCCCCCCCAAAACACGGAAUUUUAGGGUUGGGAGAGAGACGCCAUCUGCAUUUGCAGGAAUCUCAAAGCAUCCUUAGCUGAGAUUUUUAAAGUCAAAUUUAAAACUUCUUUCCCCCCCAAAAAAUGUUUAUUGGUUUUCACAAUAUUAUAAACAAAUAAACACAUAAGACAAACAAGCAUAAAUCAUAGCCUUACUGAAAAUGACACUUAUUAACUUUGUUAAGUGACUUCCCCGCUUCCCCUUGGUUGAAUUUCAUUGCAUCUCCUUUUAAAGGUUUCCCAAAUCACAAUUCUUAUAAAAUUUAACUUGAACAUUAGCAUCCUUAAAUCUUCACUUUAUGACAUUAAACAUAUGAAUUCAUCACUUAACAUAAAUAAAAUCCUCAGCCAAUUAAGUAUCUGCAAGCUGUUUUCAGUUAAUUUAACUUAACAUAUUUAACUAAAUAAUCAUUAAAUUUGAUCCACUCUUCUUAACCUUACAUAAUGGAGGCUGCUCAGUCUUUUAUAUGUCGUGUGCAUUUAUUAUGUCUGGACAUUUUUUGUUGUUGCCUAAAAAUUAUGCCCAUAAAAGCUGAAUGAAUGAAUGAACUAGAGUAUCUGAUCCCGAUGUCAAAACAUUCUCCUCUUGUACCUGAUCUAGAUCUUCCCUGAUCCCUCCUUCCCUGGUCGGGAGGGGAGGCACAAUUUUGGGGUCUUCCUCAGGUGCCAAAAUCCAAAUGGCCCCUCACAUUUCCUGGGUACUGGGGUGUAGGUCAAUACCCUUCUUUUCUUUUAAAGAGUAACUUCCGGCGGGACUUGGGAGGAGAACUAGAGUGGUUCCCAAGUCCUAAACAGAUCAACUUGGAAGGCCGGUGUCAGUGAUCCGAGGCAGUUGUGCGGAAGUGAGUGCCAUUAGUUAACUUGCAGAGGACUUUGCCACACCGUGCCUGGAGCGGUUUAAUCAGAAGUAAGUCCCCGGCACAAUGGGCCUAACUCCUAACUAAAUACGCACCAGAGCAUCUGUGCAAUGCAGGCCUCUUCGUGCUUAUAGGAUUGCACUGCUAGCGUCCUUAGGAUCAGGUGGUAAGCUGUACAGGUGACCUCCCACUAAACAUCACUUCAUUCAAAAGAGAGACCCCUUAAUGCUUUCUAUUUGCCAAGCAUGUUUGCACAUGCAGUUGCAAAAUGCACGCACUCCCUCCCGCCAUUCCUUAAGGGAAGUUAGGAUUUUGGACCUCAAUAGUGAGCUGGAAAUAUUUCAGGAUUAAUUACGGCAGAGUGAAAGGGAUGUGAUCUGUGUGUGGUAUGUGUUCAGCUCUCCAAUUCGACACGCCUUAGAGCGAUGUGCUUCCCUGCUGAAAGAAGCGGAGAUUUCUUCGGCCUUGAAAAGGAAUUUCCUUUUCCGAUCAAAUAAGGUGCCUUAUCACACCCAAUUCGUAGUAACGGUCUUCCUUUGUACAUGGGAGAAUUAGAAAUUCUCGCUCAUAUACACGCCGGCACGUAGAUUUGUUCUGGGAAUAAGCAACCUAUCUUAAGUGAUCUCAGUGCAAGCCCUGUGGAACUUGAAUACAUGCUCUUAGUCCCAAUCUUGCACAUUUUGUUUUCUAGUUACAAAAUGGCUUCUGUCAGCAUCCUAUGGGAGAGAGCAAUAGCUUAGUCAUAGUGCGUCUGCUUUGAACGCAGAAGCUCCCAUGUCCUGGGAUCUUUGGAUAAAGAACGGUAUAUAAACUGAACAUAUAAAUAAAUGUUCCAACCCCGGCAUCUCCUGAAACCCUGGAUAACCUCUGUCGGUCAGUGUAAACGGUAAUGUGCUGAUGGACUGAGCGUAAGAGAGCUUCCUAUGUCUAGAUGCCCAUGGAAAUCAUAAGAUGCCAUUUGCUUCAUAGAAGGAUUUCUAUCCCCUUUCUGUCUUUUUAAAAAACAAACAAACCCCAAAUGGUAUGCAAUGCGUAUUUAAGAACUGAAUUGCUCCCAGUUAGCUCAUAGAUGAAAAAUGAAGAUCUUUUUCCUCCCUCCAUCUGCAAUAGGAGGACAAUAAUUCUGAUCUAAUUGUUAAGGAUUCCUGAGGUAAAGUUUGUGAUGCGCCUUGAAUACUCAGAAGUUCCCUAUAAACUCUGCUGAUCGUCCCCUAAUUGGGAGUUUUGGUGCAUGAAUUUGCCAUUGGUCAUUAAGUUAGCAACUUUGUUGACAACCUCGAUGAUUUCUGCGUACCCCAUACAGAGUAGAAGAGUGCUACAAAGGGCAGCUUCUCCUCAGCUCUUUCUAGGCAUGCUAAUCUGUUCACAGGGCCACCAGAAUAAAAUACUAGGUGCUGCCCAUUUCCAUCCAUACAAAUGCAGUAAAAGGCUGAGAUGUUUGGGGAGCUGGUCACCUCCUUUUCUCUGAGCCUAUAUCUUCACGCUCUUCGCAGUGUUAGAUAACUGCUGGAUGUCUGGCCUGCAGAUUGAAAUCACCGUUAAGUAGCAACACUCUUUGCAUGUUUCUGCAUAGAUUGCUAUUCUUCAUUUUCUUUUUAAAGAAAUUAAAUAGCAGUUGGAGUGUGCGGGGAGGUUUAACUUCCAUCGUGGCCCCGAUCUGGAUUUCCACACAAACACACCUGCAGCUGUUAUUUGCGUCGAAAAUACACAGUAAUGCAGGUGUUGAGAUAUGCGUGACUGAUGUCUCAGUUCAUUUGGCCCUUGGCCCCAGAGAAACGCACCUGUGGCAACAGACCACAGAAAGCUAAAGGCUCUGCUUCCUUCUCCUGUUGACCUAAAAUCAUGCACCCUUUUAUAUGUGGAUGGGCAGACAUAUGAACAGACCAAACAUGGCUGCCUCUGUCGCAUCUAAUAUGAGCCUCGGCUCACAGCUUUGUUUUGUUUCCGCUUGUAUUUCUAGUGUAUGCAGUUUGUAAAAAUCAUUUUAUAUGGACAUGCAGGAUAAAAAUAAUAUGGCAGCAUAGCAUUUGUAUGAACUAAAUGAAUAAUAAUAAUAAUAAUAAUAAUAAUAAUAAUAAUAAUAAUAUUUAUACCCUGCCCAUCUGGCUGGGCUACCCCAGCCACUCUGGGCGGCUUUGGGACUAACUUUUUGGCCCUGUAUGCAUUUUUGUAAGAAUUAUUACUUAUUUUGCAAAAAUUAUAUACCACUUAACUAAAAGGAAGUUGUUUUCAUAAAACAGAAUUAAAAAAAUUCAUUUUAACAAAUCCGUAAAAGACCAUAAAAACAGUAAGCAUAAUGAAAUUAUCAGAGUAUAGGUACAAUAGACAGUGUUUUAAAAAUCUAAUGCUCAUGAUAAAAUUAGUUUCCUAGGUAGAUAUAUUGUUUUUAAAAAUUAACAAUAAAAAAGCUGGAACACAAUACACGACAACUUUAAUAUAGCUUGUCAUAAAAUCGCAGCAAAGUGAAACCGCAGAACAGCACCAGCAAAAGCAUUCUCAUGAUUUACAACACUUCACCCCUCCCCAAAGGCUUGGACAAAGAUGUUCAUCAUCACCUGGCGAUGAAAAGGAAACAGCGCUGUGGCGAGACACACCCCAGAGCGGGGGCUUUUCUGUAGGCACAAAGCUGCCGCAGAAAAAGCCCUUACUGGUCUGCAGUGCCCAUCAUCCCUGACUGUUGGCCUUACUGCCCGGGGCUGGCAUGCGUAUGAGCCUGACGACAGCCUGCUCUCGCAUCAGACGCAACUUGGGCCAGCCCAAGCUCAAGACAUUUUGCCACCCGAGGCAAAGAGCAAGAUGGAGUCCCUCUCAGUUGCACAGACAGAAGCCGACUGGACUGGAAGCUGGACCAGAAUUUCAGGCUUACUGUACCUCAGGCUAGUUUAGGGGUCCCCGGACAUAUCCGGGUCUGUACCCCAACAGAGGGAAAUGGCCAGGAGGAACUGUUGUGGGUGGUUGCUGUCACUGCCCCCAGCAUCUGACGCCUAAAGCGACUGUCUCCCUUUGCCAAAUGGAAGUGCCGUUCCCAAACUCCGUGUUCCUUGGCAGUCAGUUUGAGAUGCCCUAAGAUGAAUCCUGUGCCGCAGACGAUGACUUUUUUAGUAAAAAAAAACCAACGGCUCAAGCAAGCACUAGGGAGGAAUGGGUUAGAGUUUCUGUUCGGAGAAGCAUCGCUCUUGCACAUUGAGCGAGGCAGGGAAGCUGUCCUGGACAAAGAGGCAAGAAGGAGUAGCUUGCUGAGGUGCCUGGCUAAAAGUUGUGCUCCCUUCCCAGAGAAAAUUACCUCAGCGGUGAGGAAACCUCGCUGUACACAGCCGUACACAAACAUAGAUUGUGUACGUAGAUGUACACAGUCACACUUUCUCACUUGCCGCAAAAUAUUUUCCGGGGAUAAAUUGGUAACUGAGAAGCUGGGCUGCAGCUUAAAUGAAAAUUGGAGAUCCCUCCUUCUGUGAACAUCCAUGAGGAGGAAAAGAAAGGGCAGUUAUUUCCUUCAGAUGAACCACAAUCUAAGGAUCCCCAGCUUUCAUUUUUCUUUUUUCAAAGAAAGAGUGCGUUUCUAGCGUUCGUAGAACCUGAGAUAUGAGGCAAAAUGUACAAUUCUCCAUUUUUUCGGUGAGGAAAAAAAGGUUCCUCGGUGUGUUCUCCUCCCAAAUUUGGAUACCCAUGCCCCGGGCGAUGUGGGGCUUGUUAUGCCAGACUGUUAUGUCAGUCGUUCUUUGAGGGGCAUUUGUGGGUGCUAUUGACGAUGGCAAGAGAGAAACUGGGGACAUCACAAGUGUAUGUGUCAGGGGUGGGAGAAGAUGCCACCUUAUCCAUGGAGGUGUUCAAGUCUCUGUUCAAAUGGUCGUACAAGGAAUGUGGCUAAUACAAUUUCUCCAAAUGGCUUGAACAAGUGUUACAAGUGCGGAUCUUGAACAGGGAAAAAAUAAAUCUGCAGCUUAGAAAGACUUAAUUUCAGAUGAACGAGGCAGGGAUUUAAGGGUGACGGGCAUCCUGAACGCUUGUCGACUUCAGGUUUUAACAGCUGUUAUAAUUGGCUAGAAAUCCUCCUCUUUCAUAACAAGAAACCAGCUUCUGACCGUCAUGGUUCAUUGCAAGAGCUGGGAAAGUAUGCUUAAAAACAGAUUUAUCUUUUAAAGCACUGGUGUGUGCUUUUGAAACCAACUCGUGAACACAUGAUCUUUGCAGAUGGGAGAUUCUGGAAGAGGAAGUUGGGAAGAGAAGAGGCCGUAGAUGGUAUUAAGUUUGGGCGUGGGGAAGCCAGACUCAAACCCUUGCUCAACCAAGAAUGCUACUUCCAUCACAGGGCCAGCCAAUGGGGUGCUCUCCAGAUGUUGAACUACAACUCCCAUCAUCCCUGACCAUUGGUCAUGUGGACUGGGACUGAUGGGAGUCAUAGUCCAACAACAUCUGUCCUGCUGUUAUUCCAAUUACUGCCUAAUCUACCUUCCCGGGUGGUGGUGGUUGAUAAAUGAGACAGGAGUUCUGGGCUAUGCGUGUCUUGUACGCACCUGGCUAGGAGGCAAACCCACAACACCCAUUGACAAAAUCAGCAUCCAGUUAUUGAGCAAAAAUUUGUGAAGAGAUAUCAUGUGAUUUCUGUAUGUGAGGCUUAGUUCACCUUUUGAGCCUCCCUAGAAACCUCUUCUUAUCAUUGUUACAGCAGAAGAGAAUACUUGUACAGUGGUACCUCUGGUUACGUACUUAAUUCGUUCUGGAGGUCCAUUCUUAACCUGAAACUGUUCUUAACCUGAAGUACCACUUUAGCUAAUGUGGCCUCCUGCUGCUGCUGCGCCGCUGCUGCACCAUUUCUGUUCUCAUCCUGAAGCAAAGUUCUUAACCCGAGGUACUAUUUCCGGGUUAGCGGAGUCUGUAACCUGAAGCGUAUGUAACCUGAAGCAUAUGUAACCUGAGGUACCACUGUAAUACAAAUGAAGCACCUUGAUCCAUGUAGGAUUUUUCUGGGGGGUACGCAGAGGUACGCAUACCCCUAAACAUUUUUGUGAAUCUACGUUUGGCCUCAUUGAGGGGCAGUAUUUCAAUAUGAGUAGGAAAAUGAGAGGGACACGGGUGACGCUGUGGGUUAAACCACUGAGCCUCUUGGGCUUGCCGAUCGAAAGGUUGGCGGUUCGAAUCCCCGUGACGGGGUGAGCUCCCGUUGUUUGGUCCCAGCUCCUGCCAACCUAGCAGUUCGAAAGCACGCCAGCGCAAGUAGAUAAAUAGGUACCGCUCCGGUGGGAAGGUAAAUGGCGUUUCUGUGCGCUGCUCUGGUUUCGCCAGAAGCGGCUUAGUCAUGCUGGCCAUAUGACCAGGAAAAACUGUCUGUGGACAAAUGCCAGCUCCCUCGGCCAGUAAAGCGAGAUGAGCGCUGCAACCCCAGAAUCGUUCAUGACUGGACUUAAUUGUCAGGGUUCUCUUUAUGUUUAGGAAAAUGAGGGUACCCCUAAAUAUUUUUUUUAGAAGAAAAAAAGCACUGUGUGUAAGCCUGAGGUGGGAAGACAGUGGAUUGGGAUCUGCCGGUAGAUCUCUGGACGAUCUGACUCCUGAAUUGUUUAGCGAAAAAAAAGAACUCUCCCCACCUCUGAAAUUAAGCUGCCAAAAUGAAGAAAGCUAACCAGGAGUGGACUUUGGUGUGAAAGGAGUCAAGUUCAGUUCUAGUGCUGAAAACAAAUUCCUAAGCGCAGCACACAGAAUUCUAGAGUCGGAAGGGACCCCAGGGGUCAUCCAUUCCAGCCCCCUACAAUACAGGAAUCCUACCCACAGCCAACCCUGGGUGGGCCUGAACCACCAACCUUCUGGUUAACAGCCAGACACACGGACUCAUUGCAACACAGAGGUGCUCAUAGGCACUCCGUAAUGGAGCGCUAGGGGCAAAAGCCUCCAAAAAAGAUUCAACAAAUCUGAAGUCCGCUCGCUCUGAUAUACAGUUCGACUCACAGGCUGAUUGAAGCAAAAGCCGUUUUACACUUCAUAUAUUAAACUGCAGUGUAGAAUUUCAACUGCAACAGUUUUCUUGGCAAGAAGGAUUGAACAAGUCUGCUUUUCCGCAAAUGUUCACUGCUUCCAGCUUUGUUUACCGUUAAAAACAAAAAAAGACAAACAGUGAUGGAGAACCUGUAGCCAUCGAGAUUUUGUUGGAUCCCGGUUCCCAUCAGCUGUGUGAAUCAUUUGUUAGAAGUUACUUGGUUUCAGAGGCCCAAAGGGAACAACACACUGAUUGAGGAAAUGAUUUAUUUCAGUUGUAAUAAAAUAUUUGGCCUCUGAUGCCCUGCCCUUUGCAGAACAAAGGAUACCCAGUUUAAUGAGCAGCAAGCAUAUGGGAGAAGUAAGAUACUAAGUAAUGCCGACAGGACUGUGGAUCAGGAGGUGCAUUGUACGUGGGAUUUAAAUAAAGGCUUCUGUAACUUUUCAGCCAGCCGCUCCUGAAGGUUGGGGGACGUUCUGAAGUGGUCUUGUGCGAGUGCGAGCACUGGAAUUGAAAGUGAAAAUUGGGAAGUCUGCGUUUGUAUAUGUGCACAUAUUGUAUGUAUGCACCUAGCUCUUUGGAUCCUGGCCAGAACUAGGGAGUUAUGAACAGGGCUGGAUUUAGGUUUGAUGAGGCCCAUAGCUCCUGAAGGUAAUGGGGCCCUUUAUAUGUCCAGCCGUCCUUUGUCAACAACAAAUUGCUGCUGUUUUUUGUGUUGAAUAUAUGCUGUAUGGUAAUUUAUGGACCUAAUAGGUAUCUAAAGCCAUUUGCACAUACAGUGGUACCUCCAGUGCCUUUAUUUGACACGCUGCAGCAGUUGUUAUUUAAUUGGUUGAUAUUUCACAGCUGACAUAGAAUGGGAUUUCGUAUCUGGUAGUACAGUGGUACCUCGGGUUAAGUACUUAAUUCGUUCCGGAGCUCCGUUCUUAACCUGAAACUGUUCUUAACCUGAAGCACCACUUUAGCUAACGGGGCCUCCAGCUGCUGCCGCGCCGCCAGAGCACGAUUUCUGUUCUCAUCCUGAAGCAAAGUUCUUAACCUGAAGCACUAUUUCUGGGUUAGCGGAGUCUGUAACCUGAAGCGUAUGUAACCCCGUAACAAAAUAUGUAUUUUACCAAAGUGAUUGAUAUAAAAAUGAGCAAAUCAGUGAUAUUUUAGAUAGCAGGCUAGCAGGCGGGGCCCAUUACUUACAUCAUAGGCGCCUACACAACACAAAACACUGUUGCUGUAUAUAGGUAUUAUUUUAUUUGUUUUUUUAUCUUAUAUUUUGGAAAUGUACAUCCAGUUGUUUUUUCCCUUUAAAAUUUUUUGGGGCCCCCAAGAGAGUGGGGCCCUAAGCUAUAGCUUGUUUAGCUUAUACGCAAAUCCGGCACUGGUUAUGAAUGUGUUAUAUUUGCUAGUGGAGAUUUCUCAGUUUUAUUAUACAGCAGAGCAAACUUAACCUGGUAAAAUAAGAGGUCCUAACUCACGAAGUCAAAGUGAGCUGCGAUGAAUUCUAGAAACAAAGAGCUCAAGACUGAACGUCCCGAUUUAAUUUUAUAAACUCGAACCACACUUUUCUCACACAUAAAAGCACAUCAUGCAAAAAGGGGGGCGGGGAGGACAAUGCAAAAUUUCACAAAAAGCCAAACAAUCUCAAAUAAAACAUCAGCCUUCAGUUGGUUACUGGGCUCUGCAAACCUGAACAUUCACUUGGUGACCUGAGUUGCAUGCGUUGCUCUCUGGUUAAAAUCCUGGGAUAUGUUUAGAUGAUCGUGCCCUCAUUUGUAGGACUGAGUGUGCUCAUUUUGGGUCCAGGCUUGAAGCUUCGAGUACAAACAUGGGUAAAGAUGGUUAUUUGCCCGUUUUCUUAAAUGGAAACCUUUAUCAGAAGCCAAGUCUUAGCAACCUGUCUUUCAAACUUGGUUCGGUGGUAUCUGGCGAAAAAUACAAUAACUGCUCCUAAGUUUCCUACUACAGUGGUACCUCGGGUUAAGUACUUAAUUCGUUCCGGAGGUCCGUUCUUAACCUGAAGCUGUUCUUAACCUGAAGCACCACUUUAGCUAAUGGGGCCUCCUGCUGCCGCUGCGCUGCCGGAGCCCGAUUUCUGUUCUUAUCCUGAAGCAAAGUUCUUAACCUGAAGCACUAUUUCUGGGUUAGCGGAGUCUGUAACCUGAAGCGUAUGUAACCUGAAGUGUAUGUAACCCGAGGUACCACUGUAAUAAAAAACAUCGUCUUAUACAGUGAGAAAUAAGGUACUUCAGGGAUUGGGAGCUGCGACCCUCAAAAUAAUAUCCCUGGUACAGUGGUACCUUGCGUUAAGUACUUAAUUCGUUCCGGAGGUCUGUUCUUAACCUGAAACUGUUCUUAACCUGAAGCACCACUUUAGCUAAUGGGGCCUCCUGCUGCCGCUGCGCCACUGGAGCCCGAUUUCUGUUCUGAAGCAGAGUUCUUAACCUGAAGCACUAUUUCUGGGUUAGCGGAGUCUGUAACCUGAAGCGUAUGUAACCCGAGAUACCACUGUAUUGACUAAACGCUAGGGUCAUGACCCAGCAGCUACUGUGUGGCUGUGUGAGAUUGAUGGGGAUCCCAUAUUCUGCUUCACGCCCCCUCCCCAAUUGCAAUAUGCCCAACUAUUUUGUGCUGUGGGAGCUUCAUGCGUUCUUCCCAUACGUGGAUAAGAACACAGUGAACAGCCAGAUGCCUUUGGGAAGACAGGACCCGGGUGCAACAACACUUUCUCUGCUUAUGAUUCCCGGCAACUGAAACUCGGGGCAUCCUGCCUUCUGUCAGUGGAGGUAGAAAAAUGGGACCAGUAGCUCCCUUUCUUCCCAUAGUCGUUCCUGAAGAGAAUGGAAAGUCCAAGUCAUUUAUAGCUGAAAACGCUUCAGUACUUGGGAGAGGCAAAGCACAGAGCAGUCGGGCCCACCACUGUUUAUUUCCUUGGGGAAAUACAGUGGUACCUCGGGUUACGUACUUAAUUCGUUCCGGAGGUCCGUUCUUAACCUGAAACUGUUCUUAACCUGAAGCACCACUUUAGCUAAUGGGGCCUCCCGCUACUGCCGCACUGCCGGAGCACGAUUUCUGUUCUCAUCCUGAAGCAAAGUUCUUAACCUGAGGUACUAUUUCUGGGUUAGCGGAGUCUGUAACCUGAAACGUCUGUAACCUGAAGCGUAUGUAACCCGAGGUACCACUGUAAACGUCAGAGCUUGGCAUCGAGUUCUUGCAUAACAGAAACUUGUUUCGGAGCUGUUCUUUCUCGGUUGAACUGCAUAUGUACCUCAUUUUUCAAAUUUUAACGGUGGCUUUCAUUUUUUGUAUGUGGCAUGUUAGGGACUGCAGACCAUCCUCAGCGACUGAUUGAUCUGGAAGCAGUUUUAAAUAAAACACAGGUUUACUUGUUUGAAGCUUUUUUGGUUGGUGUUAAGUACAAUAGGGAAUGAAUGAGUGAGUGAGUAUCUACAGUGGUACCUCGGGUUACAUACGCUUCAAGUUACAUACGCUUCAGGUUACAGACUCCUCUAACCCAGAAAUAGUGCUUCAGGUUAAGAACUUUGCUUCAGGAUAAGAAUAGAAAUUGUGCUCCGGUGACGCGGCGGCAGCAGGAGGCCCAAUUAGCUAAAGUGGUGCUUCAGGUUAAGAACAGUUUCAGGUUAAGAACAGACCUCUGGAACGGAUUAAGUACUUAACCCGAGGUACCACUGUAUGUCUAUACACACAUGCCUUUCAGCAAAGAUGGAUAAAUAUUUGUUAAUUGCAUAGUAAUUUCUUAUACUUCCCAGGGAACUCCCCUUCCUCGCCAAAAGCUUCUACAUUAUAAGUUUGCUAAUAUGGAUUUCCCCCCCCCCCCAUUGAGUCAUAGAGUUGGAAGGGACCCCCGGGGUCAUCUAGUCCAUCCACCUGCAAUGCAGGAAUCUCUACUAAAGCAUCCAUGACCGUUGGCCAUUCAUUCUCUGCUUAAAAACCUCCAUUGAAAGAGAGAGUGCACCACCUCCCGAGGGAGUCUGUUCCACUGUCAAACAGCUCUUACAGUCAGAAAGUUCUUCCUUUUUUUUUAUAAUAAUUUUUAUUAAUUUACAACAAAACAAAACAUACUAAUUUCACAUCCAAUUUUUCACAAAUUGUUUCUUUUCUGGACUUCCUUCAGCUUUUCCGUGAAUCAUCCAUAGUCAUUAAUUUAAUUACGCAUUCCCUAGUUUGUAUUGUCAUUGUUUAUACCCUCCAUUUCUUUUCCCUUUGGACAAUACUUCUCAGUUUUUCACAGUGCUUUUUUAAACCCCUCUAGCGUUAUCUGUCCCUCACUUAUGCUUUCCAGAUAUUCCACAAAUUUCCCCCAGUCCUCGAUGAACUUUUGGUCUCUUAAAUAUCUAAUCUUCCCAGUCAAUUUGUCCAACUCAGCAUAGUCUCACAACUUCAUUCUCCAUUCUUCCACCGUCGGUAUUUCCUGUUGUUUCCAUUUCUGAGCCAGUAGCACUCUUGCUGCUGUCAUUGCAUAUUGGAAAAAAUUACAAUCCUUUCUCUUUAUCUCAUUUCUUCCUGAUCUUUAGUUCUUCCUGAUCUUUAGUCAGAAUCUACUUUCUUGUCCCUUGAAGCCAUUGGUUCGGGUCCCAUGCUGCAGAGCAGCUGAAAACUAGCUUGCACCACCUUCCGUGUGAUAGGCCUUUAGAUAUCGGAAGAUGGCUAUUAUAUCUUGUCUUGGUCUCCUCUUUCCUGGACUAAACAUACCCAACUCCCUCAACCGUUCCUCACAAGGCUUGGUUAAUGAUCUGUUAAGCGAUUCAAAGAAUUGGUUAGAAAGCCUUCGGUUUCGAUCCUAUACAUCCAUGUACCUCGACAUCUGCCCCAUUGAACUCUGUGGGACUUUUGAGUGGACAUUCAGAGGAUUACAACGUAAUAAUUCUUAGUUGACUGAAAGGAGAGAUUUUAUAGUUUGUUAAGUUUUAUCCCUGGUACAGUGGUACCUGGGGUUAAGAACUUAAUUCGUUCUGGAGGUCUGUUCUUAACCUGAAACUGUUCUUAACUUGAGGUACCACUUUAGCUAAUGGGGCCUCCCGCUGCUGCCGCGCCGCGGGAGCACAAUUUCUGUUCUUAUCCUGAAGCAAAGUUCUUAACCCGAGGUACUGUUUCUGGGUUAGCGGAGUCUGUAACCUGAAACGUAUGUAACCCGAGGUACCACUGUAAUAAAAAACAUUGUCUUAUACAGUGAGAAAUAAGGUACUUCAGGGAUUGGGAGCUGCGACCCUCAAAAUAAUAUCCCUGGUACAGUGAUACCUCAGGUUAAGUACUUAAUUCGUUCUGGAGGUCUGUUCUUAACCUGAAACUGUUCUUAACCUGAGGUACCACUUUAGCUAAUGGGGCCUCCUGCUGCCACCGCUGUGUCAUUUCUGUUCUCAUCCUGAAGCAAAGUUCUUAACCCGAGGUACUAUUUCUGGGUUAGCGGAGUCUGUAACCUGAAGCGUCUGUAACCCGAGGUACUACUGUAUGCUUAUUCUUUUCUAGUCCUAGGUAUGGGAGCACCUAGAAAAAUAGGUGCUGGUACUCACCAUGAAGUAGUUACAGUAAGUGCCACACCUUUUAUCAACAAAGAAAAGAGGUACUGGUACUGCGUACCCUUGAGCACCCCCUGGGAAAAAACAACUACUGGGAUUGGGAGCCUUUGCCCCCUGGAAAUGCUGCUGAACUACAGCUCCCAUAAUUCCUAACUGCUGCCCAUGCUGGUGGGGCUGAUGGGAGAUGGAUUGCAGCAACAUCUGCGUUCCACAGGUUGCUUAGGUGUAAUGAUCUCAGGCAGGCAAGCAAGCCCCGAUAAGAAUUCAUGAGUCUCUGACAGUUUUAUGGUACGUUUAUUUACAGUUAAGGACCUGGUCUGUGACCGUAAUAAUAAAUUCAUUCAAUAUUUACAAUUAACAUCCAGAGUGGAGCUCCGAGCCUUCCGCUCUUAGCUAUGAGUCGGUCACACUGAGUCUCCGCCCCUUUUGCAGAAUGAAGGGCGCCAAAGUCCAGUCCUUCGUCUCUUGUACUUCUGUUGUGUUGUAACCCUUUCAGCUCUUCUGGUUCGGGGAGAAGGUGGGUGAACUCCCCCCCCCGCUAUCAAACAAAGAUCCCUCUAAACACUGCCUGCCUCCUGGUUGCAUAGCAACCCCCUCAAAGCCAUCUAUCUCCUCCCCUUCCUCUGCUUGUGAGCUUUCUGAGUCUGCUGCUCUAUCUGAGUCUGGGAACUCUUGAUGAAGGGGGGGGGUGAACUAACCCACUCCUGCUCUGUCUGUGGCUGCAAUCCCUCAUCUCUAGAGUCUGAUUCUGGCUCCCUCUGUACUGACAUUCCUUCAUCUCCAGAGUCAGACUCUUCCCAGGGGUUCGAUUCAGCCAUGUCCCUGAUGCUAGGCCUGUAGGACCUUUGUCUCUCUUUGGCGUUAUCUUAAUUACAGUGGUACCUCUAGUUGCGAACGGGAUACGUUCUGGAGCCCCAUUCGCAACAUGAGCAGAACGCAACCUAUGUCUGCGCGUGCACGGGUCGUGAUUCACCCCUUCUGUGCAUGUGCGUGACAUCAUUUUGAGCGAGUGCGCGAGUGGCGAAACCCGGAAGUAACCCGUUCCGUUACUUCUGGGUCGCCGCGGGACGUAUCCUGAAAGAACUUAACCUGAACCGAACGUAACAAGAGGUAUGACUGUACUUAUAAAGGUAUCUAUAUACUGCUGAUAUCAAAAAAAUAUACCACAGAGGUUUACUACAAUAGAAAAACAUUGAAACCAAACAACAGCAUCUUAAAAAGUUUAAAAACAAGUUAACAUAAAUUACGCAUCAAUUGUGGCCUACGCAACUCCACAAAUGUUCAGAACGGGUGGGACGGGACUAAGAUGUUAUUCGGGGAGUGUACGGUUCUGCAGUCUAAAGGAAAGGCUUCCCUUUUAACCCCCUGGUCUCUUGUCGUCCUCCAGGAAAGGGAAACUACUGGACCUUGGACCCGAACUGUGAGAAAAUGUUUGACAACGGGAACUUCCGGCGCAAGCGCAAGCGCCGCUCUGACCCCAGCAGCUCUGCCGCGCCAGCCACGGCUUCCACGCUGGGGACUCUGAAGUCGGAGGAAGGCCACGCCAUCCCUUUAGUCCCGGGGAAGCCGUGUGGGGAAAGCCCCUCCUCCGAUCUGGAGCCGAUGGCGUCCAUGAGGGACCAUUCCAAGAGCUCCUCCCCACCUGUGAUCGUCUCGCCCGCAGCCGGAUGCCUCAGCAGCUUUUUCAGCAGCAUGAACUCGCUGAGCAACGGCGGGCGCCUGGCUGGGAGCCUUGGCAGUGACCUACACCACAGGAACCUCCCUGCGGGACACCCGGGCGGCUGCAGCUUCGCCCAGGAAGUCGCCCCCGCGGAGCAGCUCCAGCGAGUUUCGGCGCCCGCUGCUGCCUACUACAGCCCCUUCCACCCCGGCAGCGGGGGCCAGUCAGGCCAGUACAACCACUUAUACAACUUCACAGUCAAUAGUCUCAUCUAUGCCCGGGAGGGCACUGAGGUGUAG